AUGCACACAGAGGUGGCGGAGAUCUUCACCAGCACCAGGGGGGCUAAGGACACAGUCAAACACCUGCACAGCACCUCUGUCAUGGGCAACAUUGUUCACACUCAGCUGGAUAUCAAAGCUCUCAGAGAUGGCCGAGAGGACUGCCAUCAGAGGAGUUGUCUGGAGUGUUCCAAGGACAACGGUUGCCUACGCUGCCCAGAGCGCCUGUUCCUCUUCUUCCACCGCGAAGGCAUGACCCACCAUGGCUCCUGUCUGCAUGCCUGCCCAGAAAGCUACUUUGGCCAGCGUGGCAAAGACAUGAACCGAUGCAUGAAAUGCAGAUCUCCAGAAUGUGAGAGAUGCUUCAACAAAGACUUCUGCACUAAAUGUAAGGGAGGAUUUCAUCUGUUCAAAGGCACGUGCUACAGCAGCUGUCCAGAUGGCACCUUUCCCCACCUAACAGACUGCAUCGAAGGCUGUGCGUUCAGCGUUGUGGGUGACUGGGGAGAGUGGAGCCCCUGUCUCCGCAACGGCCUGAGCUGUGGCUUCAGGUGGGGGCGCCAGACUAGGACCCGCAUGCUGUCCUUGAGAGUGCCUGAUGAUAAGGCAUUGCUCUGUCCAUCUCAAAGUAAGAGGUGCAGAAUGAAAAAGAGAUGCCCCGAAGACAAAAGAGAAUAUAGACAAGACAAAAGAGAUGAUCAGACUGCUCUGCUCCCCAGACAGCAGUCAAGGCAACAGAAUCCUACCUCCUUCUACUUCACCUUCUCCUCCAUCUCCUACCACCGUCCAGGCUUCUGA